CGCAGUCCACAGCAUCACUGACCUAGAGGGACGAAGAUCUGACGCCAUGCAUGGCAUUUGAGCGAUUCGUCGCCGCGAGCAAAGCUGGAGACAAGAAGGAAGAUGACAAAUUAAAGCAAGACCUGCUCUCUGGCAGUUGGGAGGCCUUGGGCGAGCCGACCCGCAGCUUCCGGGAACGCCAUGGCUUUCCGGCCACCUUGGCCUGGGCACUCCUGCAGCUGAAUUUUCCAUCAUUCCCAUCAAGGCGUGUAGACCUUUGGGUCCUGGGUGCUCGCACGGGCAUGGAAGGAUGGCUGGCGGAGGAAGGCUUAUGGGAUUUCCUGGCGAAGGUUUUCCCACGUCUCGAAUGGAGAAUUCGACUAAUUGGGCCAGAGAUGCAGGAUGGAGUCUACAGGUCAACUCUGGUGGAAGUGGAAGGAGUGCGGCUUAAGGGCCAUGAGUGGAUGAUGCAGUCUCCAGCGCAGCCGGAUUUGGUGGUCUGCUUCAACUCGGGCAUUGGCACACUCUCCUUGUCCAUUACCAAGCCUUGGUUGCCGACCGUCGCAGCUCUUUUGAAGCUAGAUGCCCCGGUGCUUUUCACCAGCUUCGGCGCAAAGGAGCGGAAGGGCGAGGAUUUUCUCCUCAGAGGACUCUUCAAGGCCGGUGUUCUGGUGGACUUUUUGGAGAAUCCUUUCCGGCAGAGGCCCGAGGAUCGCCCGGGCUGCUAUCGCUCUUUAGAGGAUGAGCUUCUGGCGGACGCCCGAGGGGCCGAAGGGGCCCAAGGGGCCGAAGGUGAGGGAGUGAACCUCUGCAAUGCACAAGUCUGGUGGGCUCGAGGAUCCGAGUUGCCCGAGGAGGAGCUUCUGAAGGUGGCACUGAAGGCUCCGAAGGUCUUGGAGGAGCUCACGCAGAACUAUGCCCUGCAGGGCGCCUACAAGAGUUGGAUCGUGGCCCUCACCAAGGGAAACCGAAGAGUAGGCGAAUCAGCCUUGGAGAAUUUCGAGGCAGCCUUCAAACAUGCUGAUGUCCUGAGGGCGCUGGCGAAGCUGGGGAAGCGGAUUGCAGAGGCGAUGGCAGCGUUUGUCCGGAGGCAUGGCCCUCACCCGUUGGCCAAGCAGUGCGUCAAAGAGGUGCUCCUCGCCAAGGUUCGGCAAAGUCUGAACUCCCAAGGCCAGAUUGAUGAAGAGAGCCUGCGAGAGGCCGUGGCUGAGACAAUCCAAGAGGACUUUGCCGAUGUGUUCGGACCGCUGGAUGAUCAAAAAGGAGCAAGAGCUCAUGAAGCUGCUGGAAUCAGGGGAGUUGGAUCCUGAAGAUUUGGAGGAGGAGGACGAGG